CUCUCGCAUCCUCCAUCCUGUCUUGUAGUCUACAUGGUGACAGAUGUCAUUUGAAAAGCUGCAAAAACUGCUAGAUUUGCCUUUUUUCCCCCAAUCUGGUUGCUCUUGUACAACAGUUUGAACGUUGUUUCAAGUGAAGGUUCACUUGAAAUUUGGUUUGGUAAUCCGCCAACGACGAGGACGACGACAAUGUGCUCCGGGGGCUUUGCCAAGUGUCUGGGGAUCACGCUGCUGCCCCUGGCAAUUGUGUGUGUGCUGUGCAACAUCCUUCUCUUCUUCCCUGGUGGAAAGAUUGUAGAAAGGGAGCACAUCACUGAAGAGGUAUGGUACUUUGGAGGAAUUUUUGGCUCCGGCAUUUUGAUGAUUUUCCCAGCCCUGGUCUUCCUCGGUCUGAAGAACAAUGACUGCUGCGGUUGCUGUGGCAAUGAAAGUUGCGGGAGGAGGUUUGCGAUGUUGAGUUCCAUCCUGUUUGCGGCCGUCGGUGUCGUAGGAGCCGCUUACUCGGUCAUCGUUUCGGCCGUGGCCGUAAACCGCGGACCCCAAUGUCUGGCUCUACUCAACAGCACGCGAGCGUGGACGUAUCCCUUCAGCGACGGUGAUUAUCUGAGCAACUCAAGCAUGUGGUCAACCUGUUUGGAGCCAGUUGGUGUGGUGUCAUGGCAUCUGUGGCUGUUCUGUGUUCUGCUGCUCAUGGCUUUAAUCCAGAUGGCCCUGUGUGCCGUGCAGGUGAUAAACGGGCUGUUGGGAGCCCUGUGCGGGGACUGCUGUGGAUGCUGUGCUGGGAAUGAUGGAGCUGUGUGAGCAUCACUCGUCAGCUGAGAUCACCUCACCUUUUGGCAGCGUUUUUUUUCUGUAUUCUAUUUUUAGAAAGAGGAUUUUGACAAAAAGAGCAACUUGAUUACAGUGUAAUGUACACGACAAAACACUGGUAAAAUGACAGAGGUUGGACUGAUAAUGUGUGUUUUUAGAUUCACUUAUGCUGUCUAUUGGAAUUAUUGCAAUAUCACGGAUAUUUUCAAACACUGAAUAAAGCAUUUUGUCACAAUAACCAAA